AUGUCAACCGUUUUAACCUUUCCAAACAAGGAAGUGUCUGCGGCUUUCUCCAGAGCCAACAGAGGAUUCAUGUUGAGUCUUUUGAAGCAUUUUCCAUCAGAAUCCAACAUCUUCUAUUCGCCUUUUAGUAUUUCUACAGCCCUCGCCAUGGUUCAUAUGGGAGCAAAAGCAGACACUCGAAAAGAAAUGAGUCGAGUCCUUCAUUUUGAGGAAAUGGACAAAACUUUCCAUGCAGCAUUUGGUUCUUAUCUUGACUACUUGUCUAAAGACACUGGUGAUUGCACACUUAAAACUGCAAAUAGAAUCUAUCAAAGCAUGAGAUUCAAACCGGAGGAAUCUUUCCUACAAAACUGCAACAAACAUUUUAAAGCUUCAGUGGAGUCAGUGGAUUUCUCUAAGUCUGCAGUAACAAGCAAGAAAAUCAAUUCCUGGGUUAGUCAGCAAACUGAAAAUAAAAUUCAAGAUCUGAUUCCAGCAAGUGCACUGAAUGAACGUACAUUCAUGGUUCUUGUAAAUGCCAUCUACUUCAAAGGAAAUUGGAACAGCAAAUUUGAAAGCAAACACACACAAAUAAUGGAAUUCCAAAACAACAAGGAGAAAUUCAUGACAGACAUGAUGUAUCAAACCGAUGAUUUCAGAUUCUGCCAAAUGUGGGAUCUAAGGCUUAGUGCCCUUGAGCUGCCAUACGAAGGAAAGACCCUCAGCUUGCUAAUUCUUUUACCCACAGCUGUAGAUGGUAUAGAGAGUCUGGAGAAAAGUUUGACUGAGUCUGUCCUCAAAACUGUAGUUAGCAACAUGAGUGUACGGGAAGUUAAUGUUUAUCUUCCAAAAUUUAAAAUGAAGUCGAACUUCGAGUUGAAGUCUAAUUUGUCUGCCAUGGGUAUGCCCUCAGCAUUUGAUAUGGAUAAAGCUGAUUUUACAGGCAUGGAUAAAGAUAAAAAUGUGUAUAUUAAUGCAGUUUUCCAUAACGCUUUUGUUGAAGUCAAUGAAGAAGGUACCGAAGCUGCCGCAUCUACGGGUCCCGUUUCAUCGAUAGAAUGUAUUACACCGACGUUUCAGGCAAAUCAUCCUUUCCUUUUCUUUAUCCGAGAUUAUGUUAAUGACAUAAUUCUGUUUGCUGGAAGAUUUUUUAAACCAAGUGGUGCAUCUGCCCAAGAAGAAGUGUAG